GUACCUGUCGAAGACCAGCACUGAUAUAUAGCGCGUGCACGAAAGUUCAUGAUGCUAUAGUGCUUCAAUUGCUGUUUUAUUACAAGAUCCCCGCUAUUAUUUGUUUCAAAUCUGGUGUACAUUCUUCCUGGGGCGCACGAGAGUGUAGCAGGAUACCCUACUUUUCUUUCCCUUCCGGUUUAUCUUUGAUUUUGAGCGACUUCAAGAAUGGCUUCAACAAUAUCGCUUCACUUGAUCUCAGCACCAAUUCGGGCGUCAAGACAAGGUGCUAGUCUAUUCACCAGGCAUACAUUGAGCCAUGGACGCAUUACUGCCUCUGUGAUUGGUGCUGCUGGAAAGUCGGCUGCUUCCAUCAGGACCUUCUCGAGCUUGAAUUGUUCGGAAAAGAGAUGGUCGAGAAGUUCACGUGUGGCAAGGGAGCUGAACUUGAAACGUACAACGCCAUUCCUCCAGCAAAAGAGGUGGACAACAUCCAAGAAAUCAACCGAAGACGACGCCAGUCCAGACUCCAAAGAAGAAAGCUCACCAAAACCAAAACUGCUCUCUCGAUUGCCAAUCCCGACGCACGAAAACAUCUACACAGUACCAAAUAUACUAACGUUCUCCCGUCUGGUGGCCGCUCCUGUAGUCGGAUAUCUCCUUGUGCAUGACUACCAUGGCGCUGCACUAUCCUUGUUCGCUUAUGCCGGUAUCACGGACUUGAUUGACGGUUAUAUCGCUCGACGGUAUAACCUGCAGACCGUUGUCGGAACUGUGAUCGAUCCUAUGGCGGAUAAACUGCUCAUGACGAUCAGCGUGGUAUGUCUGGGAUUGAAUGGCUCCCUACCCGCCUGGCUAGCAGUUGUGAUCCUCGGUCGUGAUGUCGGUCUCGCUAUUUCCGCGCUCUACUAUCGAUGGAUCUCUCUACCACCCCCAAAGACAAUGGCACGGUACUGGGACUUUUCCCUCCCAUCCGCCGAGGUCAAACCUACGGGAAUCUCGAAACUCAACACCGCUCUGCAGCUUCUCCUUGUCGGAUCAGCAAUGGCGAUUCCCGUGGUCCCGGAAGCUAUCGCCAGUGGCUGGGGUCUCCACGAGGGCAUGACCGCACUACAAUACAUAGUUGCCACCACAACCAUCUGGUCCGGUCUAAGCUACGUCUACGCCAAAGACGCAGUGAAGAUCUUAACCAAAGAGGAAAUCCAGAAGCGUAUCACGCGAGCUGCGGCUUUGAAGAGUCGGAAGCCAUGAGAUGAUAAUAGCAUGCC